AUGGACGAACAUUACUUUCGUUUCGCCAACGUUGGUCGAUCCGCACAUAGCAAAAUCACAUCAUCAACAACGAAAAAUGCAGUGAGCGGUUGUUGCCACCCAACCGAAUAUGAUCCAAUUAAAUUGAUCUAUAUGACUCAGGAACAUGAGCUAAAAAUAAAAGAAGUACCCGGAAUGAUCGCUCGGCGAUGUACAUGCGCUUAA